AUGGGCCUUAUCAUCAAAAGAUUCAAGAAAUUCUACAAGAGUAGAGCUAGAAAGAAGUUCCAGACAAAACGCAGAAUUUCAACAUCGCAAAAUGAAUCAAAAGAGCCUAUCAUCUGCUUCGAGUGCAAGAAACCAGGACACAUCAAAGCAGAGUGCCCUCAGCUAUCCAAGAUGAAAGACAGAGAAAAGAAGAAAGAAAGAUUCAAAAAGAAGGCUUUUGUUAUGUCAAUAUGGGGAGACAGCUCCUCGGAGGAAGAAGAAGAAAGUGAUGAUGAAGAAACGGCCAACAUCUGUGUAGUGGCCCAGGAAAACGAGGAAUCAGAGAUAGAUGAGGUACUUGCCGUUGGACUUGUGGGGUUGCUUCUGCUUGCACUUGCUCGGGUUGUCGUAACUGAGCAAUUGCUGCUGCUACCGCUACUGCUAUAA